AUGGAGGAUAAUAUUGAUUUUGAUGCUACUAAAAUUGGUCAUUUAGAUGCUGAAAAUGAUGCUACUAAAACUGAUCAUUUAGAUGAUGAAAAUGUUGAUAGUGUUAAUAACAAUCGUGAAGAUAUAUUAUAUCCAAGAAUUUGGGAUUCUCUUGAGUCUGAAAUGAUUGAUUUAUUAGCUACAAAAGGUCCUAAAAGAUAUUUCUCUAUAGUGAAGGAUCCUAAAGAUAAAUCAUCUAGGGAGUUUAUGGCUAAUUUGUAUAUUAGAGUUUUAUCAAAUGCAGAGAAGUGGAUUGGAAGAGGUCAAUUAGCAAGUGAGGGUUUUGGUAAUUGGGCACAUGUUGGUAAAAGGCUUAGAGAGCACGAGACAUGCAUGAAACAUGUUAAGAAUAUGACUACUUGGUGUGAGUUGCGUCAAAGAAUAAAUGGCAAUUUUUUGGGUUUAAUUGAAAUGUUGGCAGAAUUUGAUCCAAUUGUCCAAGAACAUGUUAGACGUAUUACAAAUGAUAAUCUUCAUGUUCAUUUUUUUGGACAUAACAUUCAAAACGAAUUACUACUUUUGCUUUCUUCUGCAAUAAAAAAUGAAAUCAUUAGAAAAACCAAACAAGAAAAGUAUUUUUCAGUGAUACUUGAUUGUACUCCAGAUGUUAGUCACCAAGAACAAAUGUCUUUGAUAAUACGAUAUGUGGACGUUUCUUCAAAUUCUGUUAGCAUUGAGGAAUCAUUUUUAGGAUUUUUGAAUGUGAAUGAUACAUCUGGCCAAGGGCUUUUUGAUGUGUUGCAAGAUGAAACGAAAAAUCUUGAUCUUAACAUAUUUGAUGUGCGAGGACAAGGUUAUGAUAAUGGGUCAAAUAUGAAAGGAAAAUAUCAAUGUGUACAGAAGAAAUUUGUAGACAUGAAUCCGAGAGCAUUUUAUAUUCCUUGUGGUUGUCCUAGUCUUAAUUUGACAUUGUGUGAUACGGCUAACUCGUGUAUUAAAGCUAAGGAUUUUUUUGGAGUUGUUCAAUACAUUUAUAUAAUUUUUGCAAAUUCUACUAAAAGAUGA